AUGACUCAACAAUCUUGCUCAGACCUGGUGAACCAUCAUGAGCAAGAACCCUUCUACGAAGUUCCCAACAAAGCCAUAUCAUCCCCCAUACGCCACAAGUCACAACCACCUACACAUAACUAUACACACCCACUACCCCACAAUCGACCACAAACACGAUACAACCACUCUCACAAACAACCACUCUCACACAACCACGCUCACACAACCACUCUCACACAACCACUCUCACACGUCCCCGCCCUCCUUCAUAUCGAACCCAACACCACCACCACCAACACCAGUCGCUACCAUGAUACCCCAUUUUCGAUUUUAAACCGGGUUUUCCCCCCCAAACAAUCUCAUUAUCCGGUGUAGGCGCCAUUUUGUUUUCUCGAAAUAUCGAAAACCAGUCUCUACCCUCCCAUCUCACGUAUUUUGCUUUUGCUUUUCCACGGAAUGGCUUAUGUUAUGUAUACCCCCAAAGUAGGAAGUUCCACAGUCUUCUUAUGCACACACACGCACACACACAAGGAAGGGCAUGUUUUGUUAUCUGGAAGGCGUUUUGUUGUUCUUUAUUUAGCGUUUUGUUUUCCUACUUCAAAUCAAUCAAGUACAUCCAUUUAGCAGAAAGGGGGGAAACUGGGUAUAACUGGGAUCGAGAUCAUGUCCUGACAGGUGGAGGAAGAAAUGACUACAUUGUCCAACUGUUGAAAUGACUGAUACACCAGAUUUACAAGAUGGUUGAUAGUUUUCGAUUUUUGAUUCAAUAUGAUUGUUUUGACAAAAUGCUACCUACACUUGGAUAUUCCAUCUG